CGUCUCGAAACAAAAACAAGCGGAGCGAGCUCGGUCACAUGUAGAGCGAGCAGCGGCAGCAGAGCAAGAGGAAGGAAGAGGGAGCUGCAGUUGGUCUGAACACUGUCGGAGUGUAGGAAGCAGUGAAACCCGCUCCAGGCUCUCCGGUUCCAGUCGCCGAUCGGUGCCCUCCACAUAUGGUUCUCCUCCGGCACAUCUCCAUCGCCCUGACCGCCGCCGUGGCUGCCCUGGGCUCCGCUCUCUUCAUCGCCUUGAACUUCUUCUACAAGAGGCGAAUAUGGUCACCACAGGCAGAGUACUGCACGAUCAAAGAGGAGGAAGAAGAGCGUGGAAAGCGUCAGGUCCUGGUCCUAGGUCUGGACGGGGCCGGGAAGAGCAGCAUGUUGCAGGGUUUGACCCCUGGGGAGUCAGCGGCUAAGAGAGGCCGCUGCCGGCCCACCCGUGGCUUCAACUUCAUGAGCCUCAACGCCCCCGCCUGUCAGCUCGACUUCCUGGAGAUUGGUGGAGCGGAGGACCUGCGGCGCUACUGGUCGGACUACCUGAGAAGGACUCACGUUCUGGUGUAUGUGGUGGACUCCUCGGACAGGAGCCGCUUACCAUUGGCUAAGGCUGAACUGCACCGCCUGCUGAGGGUGGAGCCCCAGCUUCCUGUGGUCGUCCUGGGAAACAAGCAGGAUAAGCCCAAUGCUGUGAGUGUGUCGGAGCUGCAUGAAGCCUUGUCUCUGGACUCCGUGACCGAGGACAGGAAGCUGUUCCUCUUGGCUGCCCAGCUGGGCUCUGACGGAGCCCUGAGGAACUCCUGCCGGGGUCUGGACACCUUCCAGGACCUCCUGCUCCAGCUCGUCUGAUCUCACCUCCCCCCAUGCAGGGCAGAAGAGUAGGAGCUGGAGGGAUGAAAAAACAAAGGGAUGGCUUAAAGCAAUCUUCCUCCUCCUCUUCCUCCUCCUUGUUUAAGCUCUGGCUUAUUUGAGGCAGAGGAGGAGGAGAUGACGAAGACUGCAGGAACUGAGGCAGUGAAAUUACUGAAUCAAAGGAGACUGAGAAGAUGCCAAGACGAGAUUGAGCACAAAGCCUUGCAGUGCCUCCUCGUCUUCCUCCUCCCCCUGUUCAAACUACGUCAGUUCGGCUUUAGAAAAAGCGGCUUCUGAAGGCGCCUUCAGCUCAUCUCGUGUUACACUUUUCUUUUUCGCACGUUACUCACCGCAGAAGAGGAGGUGCAGAGCGAGGAGGACGAGGACAGAAGGUGGGACAGAAGGACGAAGGUUUGUUCUGUGACUCAGAACCAAUAUGUUCACCUCCUGCCAAUGAUUCAGACUUUGGACUAGGCUUAAUGUCAACCUGUGACAGGUUCAUUUAAGCAUGUAUAAUACACACAAGCAUGUAUAUAAACUGAAAUAUGUAACGUUGGCAUAUACUGAUUUCAUCUGGUGUGCUGUUUCUGAAAACCUUUAGUGUAUGAUCAGAGAAGUCAUCAGAGCAGAACAGGUAAUAUUCAGGGUAAUAUCCCCCCCCCCCACUAAAGCUGCACAAGCUCGGUGAAUUCAUUGACUGGGUGUUUGGUAGAUACUCGCUGACUUUUACACUGAGGCUUUUCUGAGAUCUUGGGGGAUUUUCGGAGGGAAUUUAGAAGGACCCCCUGACAUUUUGAAAAGCAGUCCGGUAAUUCUCUUCUCACGUUGUGAUCAGAUUGUGAGAGAAAGUUUUUCAUUACUUUCUUCGCAACACUUUUAAGCUUCUUCAUUUGAAAACCAAUUCCAACAACACUACACUACACUACAUUACAGCGCACUACCACAUAUCACUCAACUGUCUUUUCCCAAUAUCAGCCAAAUAAGGUAAAUACAUUAAACCUACAAUCAGAAGACACUGACGCUUUAAACAGAACUAUGUACAGACACAAUCGGUCAUACAAGGUCAAAAUGUUCUUAAAGAAGAAACCUUCCCCUCAAGGAAAGUAAAGAUAAGAUCUGAUUUCAGUUGUACUCAUCAUUCUGUGUUCAUUUAAGGAUUUGAGCUGAAUGCUUUCAGUCCCUUUAAGCCCUUACACACCCUUAGACAAAGAUUAGUAUCCAUUUAGACACACAUCCUUGAAUUUAAAUGCAGAUGUGAGGUAUUUGACUUUAGUGCUACUUGUACAGAUAAACUGGAAUUGGCUAGAUUCUUAAUGCUGUAGGCUAUGUGUGCAACAGUGUUUAGUAAUGACGCACAAUUUUUUAAUCAGCGUGAAGUUGUUUUCACAGUAACUAAGACUUGGUUGGUGGUUUGUUGUAUGGACACUGUCUUUAUAACCACUGACUGCCUGUUAUUCUUGUCUUUAUGUGUUAUGUAAAUGGGACUGUUGUGUAUGAAUUCAUGCAUGCCUUUAUGUUUUGUUGGUUUCUUUUAAAAAAUAAUUUACGUAUUUAAGUUUCCAUUGGUUAAUCUAGUCUUAAAGGGGAAUUCCACCCUUUUGGUGGUGUUGGGCAGUACUAUAUGUAAUGUCCCUCAAGGAUUUCACAGGAUUUUGGUGGGAUUGUUGUGGCCUAAAAUGCCUAAUUUUAAUGAAAUGUAAAAAUAUUAAUAAAAUAUUUGAGAUUUUUUUAUUUGUAUAAUUAAUAAAAAAUUUGAGGCGACUUGUUCCAGUGAGAAUAAAAGUGCACUUUUUGGACAGGGUACAUGUGAGACAUUCGUGUUGCGCAGAAUUCACAGAGAUUGAUUGAAUUAGCUUUAAUUGUUGCGAUCAAAACAUCUCAAUUUCCUGGAGCGACUGAUUUGUGAAAACAGUUGUAUAUAGCCUUUCCAGGGGGAGCUGUGUAAAGUCCGAUAAAUGGCCUCAAGUUAUGUGACUUGAGUCAGUCAGGCAUCAGUGGAAGACUAUAGAUCUGGAGGUCUGGAGUUAGAAAAGUAGUGACCUUACCAGACCUCUGUAUCCUGCUCCUGAUCUCUGCUGCAGGCUGGAGUCUCCAGGCUACAUUAGUCGCUACUAGCACAACACACAUCAAUCUCUUACCUAACUAUCAGUGGUCAAGUUGCAUUGUGGGUAAUGUAAAUGUCAGGUUUUGACAAGGAAGCAGAAUGCAUGGAAUAAAAAAGAUUAAGUCUCUGGUUCAGAUUUCUUCUUUUUUUUACUGUUCGUCUAACAGUGUUACAGAAGUGAAAUGUCAAAUAGGUGGAGUACUCUUUCAAUGUGUUUCUCUAGAAACAAUGGAAAACAGUCUGUAACUGUGAUGAGAUAAAGUCUCUUGUUUCAAACUUUUUUUUCAUUCCUUGCAGUAUUACUGUAAUAAAGUAGUAUACCCAAACAAGAA